AUGAGGGACCCCGCCGCGGAGCUGCGCGACCUGCGUGACCUGCACCGCGACAUGCACCGCGACCUGCACCACCCCGCCGACCUCUCGCGGGACCUGCGGGCAGACGGCCAGGACGACGCCGCGCCCGCCCCCGGCCACGUGCCGGCCGCGCUCCUCGAGGAAGACAGAAAGCCCGUCUUCAUAGAGGCAAACACCGAAACUCCUCACAUGACCGCCGUGGACACCGACGGACGCAACAGUCGAGAGCAGGAGGACCUGGACGACGAGGAGGCGGUCGUGGACAUCGAGUCCACGGAGGACGGCGACGACGUCGUCCUGGGGGAGGUGGCGGACAGCCCCGUGGGGAGGGUGGCGGAACCGCCUCAGGUUUCCCCGAAGCCUCACGCGCACAUCCGGCCCCUCACGCCUGAAAUCGGCGAGGAGGGCCUGUGGGCGGUGGCCACGGCGAGGCUGUCCCUGGAGCGGCGGCAGGAGCACCUGUACCGCCACCUGCACCUGCUAAGAGACGGCCGCGACCCGCUGCAGCCCUUCAAGAUGGGCGUGGACUGCACCACCUGCCACCAGAUCUACGGGCCGCUGCUGCCGCCAGCCAGCCUCUCGCCCGCCGAGGCCAAGCUGGCGCCCUGAAGCCCCUCGCCAGCCGGCUGGCGCGGGACGGCAGACUUACAAACAAGUGCUUUGUAUCAUUAUGAAUCACUCAUUCUUGUGUCCAGGGAGCUUUACAGAAAAGCAAUAAUAUAGAGCAUACUCAAUUAGGAUUUGUUAAUUUUGUUUUUCAACAGGUGGUCUAGUCUAAACCUUGCCGUUUCUACUGAUGUUGUAAAUAGUAAAUUCAUUCGUUAAAGUGUGCUUCGCCCGCGCUCUGUGGCGUCGAACUUCUUCUGUACAUAUACGGGUAUAGUGAAAGGCACUCUGUAUCAUAUUUUUGUCCGUGGGACAAAUAGGGCUUCUCCAAACUUGUAGUAAAAUGUGUAAAUAUGUAUGUAUUAUUGCUCGCCGCCAUGUUAUGUGAUUGUAAAAUUUAUCGUUACUCUCUGUUUGCCAAUGUAAACUACGAUAAUUAUUGUUGUUUC